AUGUGUUCGGCCAGUCCCCCUUUUUCAGCUCGCCAGGAGAGGCCUGAGACAUGGCUGAAGGAGCAAUUCUUUGGACCUCUCCAUGAUCAGUUCAAAUUGGGGAAACGCUUGGGCAAGGGAGGUCAGGCGACUGUCUACGAGUGCACACGAGUGAGGACCGAGAAGAAGUAUGCCGUGAAAGUCAUUGAGAUGAAAGCGCUGAACUUUCAGAAGAAUGACGGGGAGCAGAACCUACGACGGGAGAUCCGCAACAUGGAGGAGCUUUUUCACCCACGGAUCGUGAACCUGCUGACACACCUGUAUGAGGAAAACAGGUGUUGGCUGGUCAUGGACCUGGCUCGCGGGGGAGACUUGCACAACAAGAUCCUCGACGAGGUGAACAUCUCCAUGAGUCGAGGUGACGACCACUUUCCUGGCCUUGGACAGUCCGAACUGGCCACCAGACAUGUGGCAACGCAGCUCCUCGAAGGUAUGGGCUAUAUGCAUUCUUUUGGCAUUAUCCACCGUGACAUGAAACUUGAGAAUGUGCUACUGGUCCGCACCUAUGCGUACCCAGGGCCUGCAGAGAAAAAUUUCCCAGUGCCUUCGGAAGUGCAUGACGUCAAGAUCACAGACUUUGGCUUGUCGAAGAACAUGCACAGCACCCCGAUGCUCCGCCGCGCAACGGCGGUGGGCUCGCCAGAUUUCGUGGCGCCCGAGGCCGGAACUUUUUGGAAGUUUUCUCUUGUCAAAGUUAGGUGCUCCAAGGAGUUUGUGAUCAGGAGCAAGGACUUGGUCCCGGAACGUCACAAGGAGGUAGUCUCGACGAUCAAGGCUUCCCGCUCAUGGCAGCACGCCUCAAGAGAGGUCAGAGCUUUGGUGGGAGGCCUACUGAACAUCAAUUCUUCAUCAAGGUUCACCCAAGUUGAGUGUAUGCACCACCCAUGGUUUUCAAGCUGCUCAGCUGAGUGCUCCAAGGUGGCACUAAAUGAGGGUGUUGCGCUCAAAGCUGGCGAACCGCGAGGUGUCAUUCAAGAGAUCAGCGGCUGUACAGGGUAUGCUGUUGAUAACUUGCAGCUGAAGCUUCGGAAUGGGACUACAACUUUGACGUUUGGCAGCGCUGGUGGAGACAUCCAGCACCACUGGCAGCUGAGGCCAGAUGAGAGGAUCACAGCUGUUUUGCAGGAGGAAAGGCACGACUUUCUGGGCCUUGCCAUCACCUUCCAUACCUCCAGAGGGGAUGUCCUGGCCUUGCAGGGCUCUCAAGCACGGAAGCGGCGCAGCUUCAUCGCCCCCAGUGGCAGCCAGAUUGUUGGGCUGCAGUUCCAAGGACAUCGUUUGAUUGGUAUUCAUCUUGAGAAGAUCUUGAAUGAGGAGCCGGGCAUGGUGGCAUCCCUGGGAGGUCGCGUGGGCCAUGCGGUGGACAAGGUCUGGCUCAAAUUCAGGGAUGGGUCCCUGCGCGAGUAUGGCAACUCAGAGAGAGGCGGCACGGGCUCCGGCAUGCACAGCCCUCGUGUCAUGCAGACACGGGGAGCUGCCUUUGCACCUGCUCUGGUUCUCGCAGUGCUGGGUGGGCUGAUGAUGAUGUCGGCUGACAACUUCAUGUCUGCCUUUGUGCCCCCCGUCACCGGGGCCCGGCCCAGAGCAUCCUUCCAGAUGCCGGAGGAGGUGUUGGCACCCGUCUCCCCUGUGCCAACAGCUCCUAUCUUCACAGCUGUGGCUUUGGCAGGAUGCUUGGCAGCCAGUCUUCGCCUGGUGAAAAGGCAUUCCGGCCGGGCAUGCCGCGCACACUUGGUGCAGCUGAAGGCAGCAUCGAGCGAGGAGAAGGAGAAAGACAAAGAUGAGGAGGUAGAUGAAGAUGAUGAUGACGAGGAGGAGGAGGAGGAGGAGGACGAUCUAGAUGAGAUCGUGAUGGAAGACGACGAUGAGGAUGACGAAGACGAUUAUGAGGAUGAAGAUGACGACGAUUUCGAGGCUGACGAUGAUGACAUUGUGUACGGUGAGGACGAGCUGGACGACAGCUUCUUCACGACUGAUGAAGGGGGGGAGGUCGUCGAGGCCAAAUGCCGGGCCAGGUUCUUGAAAGGCUCUCCUUGGAAGUUCCGCCGUGUUCUUUGGCAGAUUCGCGGGAGGUCCUAUCGGGAAGCUUUGAUGCUCUUGGAGUUUAUGCCUUGGAGAGCCUGUCGCCCAACCUUGGUCUGCCUUCAAUCAGCAGCUGCAAAUGCUCAGAACCACUUCAAUAUGGACAAAUCCAGGCUCUAUGUCUACCGCUGCCAGGCAGAGCGUGGGCCUUAUUCCAAGCGCAUGAGGCCCAUGUCCAAGGGACAACCCCAUGCGUACCGCAGACGCAGCACUCACUUGGAGAUCAUUGUCCGGGAGAUGUCGGACGAGGAGAUGAUGAAGCGCAAGGAGUUUUUGUGCCGGGAUGCCUUCUUGGGAACGUCGCUGGCAUUCUACACCUCUGCGGGAAGCAUUUUUUGCCUCAAGGGUAUGGAGGCCUUCGGCUCCCGACGCUUCGCGGCCAUGCCGGGGAGGCAAAUCUGCGGACUCUACUUCGAGGCCCGGAUCCUGCCGCAGGAAGUGAUGUGA